AUUAUGAUACAGUCAUAAGUUUGUUUAUAACCUCAAUCAUGUUGCCAUGGAUAGAGUUUUAAUAACAAAACAGUGAUCGAUCAAACAAAUUUACAAUUUAUAAUUGUCAACAAUAAUUAGUAAAUUAGUAAAAAUACCAGCUCAAUUGUUAAUUACUAACUAAAAAUAAUUUAUUUCCUCAGGAAUUUAUUUAUUAUCACAAAUAUCAAGUGACUAUUUAUUGAAAAAAUGUUUAAAAAUACAUUCCAAAGUGGAUUUUUAUCAAUUUUAUACUCGAUCGGCAGCAAGCCGCUCCAGAUAUGGGACAAAAAGGUCCGAAACGGUCACAUAAAACGCAUCACCGACAACGAUAUCCAGAGUUUAGUGCUCGAAAUACUUGGCAGCAAUGUAAGCACUACGUACAUAACGUGUCCAGCUGACCCGAGGAAAACUUUGGGGAUAAAACUGCCAUUUUUAGUAAUGAUUAUUAAGAAUCUAAAGAAAUAUUUCACCUUUGAAGUUCAAGUAAUUGACGAUAAAAACGUCCGUAGAAGAUUUCGUGCGAGUAAUUACCAAUCAACUACGCGAGUGAAGCCUUUCAUCUGUACGAUGCCAAUGCGGCUAGAUGAUGGCUGGAAUCAAAUCCAAUUCAACCUCGCAGACUUCACGAGACGCGCUUACGGAACAAAUUACGUCGAAACAUUGAGAGUACAAAUCCACGCGAAUUGCCGUAUCAGGCGUGUUUAUUUCUCCGACAGACUCUACUCCGAAGACGAGCUACCAGCGGAGUUCAAGUUAUUUUUGCCGAUACAAAACAAAGCUAAAUGUUAA